GAGGGAGUGUCAUUCAAGACAUUUUAUGAAAGAGGGUCGGUGAAUCAAUCGGCAAAGAGAAAGAGAGAAGAGUUGCGUGACCUAAUCCAUAAUAAGGUAGUGGCCGGGCGUCGUGAUGAGGAUUGUUUAGUGAAUGAAGCAGAUGCAGAGAAACACUGUGGCUUUAUGAGGCAAAUAGAAACACAUGAUUUUUCCAUCAAUAUGCAUCUUAUUGAAGGAAGAAGAGAAAGAAAUCAAGUCCAUGGAAUUAUUAGGGCUCCGGAUAGGAGGAGAUAUAUGAAGCCCAAGGAGUCAUUGCUGCCAAUGGAAGCCGACGUCAUCGCCGCAUCCUUUUCUUCAUCGCACCUAGGGCUCUGCCGCUCCCUUGCGAUCGAUGCAUAUCAUCUUCAAUCUGCAGUAGAGGAUCGAAUAAAAGUAAGAGCGGCGACGGAAGAGGACGACGGUCUCGUGACAUCCACCGAUCCUCGCUCCCCGAUCAGCCGGGCAGAGAAGUUGAUCAGGCAACUCAACCUCUUUCCCGGCCGCGGGGUCAACCGUGGUCAACCUAGAGCGUUUCCCGACAACGGCCAGAGCCUCGUCGAGAAACGCUUCAAGCUCGACUACCUGGGUGAGUCCGGGUCCUCGGUCAAAGACCUGGGCCACCAUGCCGGUUAUUUCAAACUCCAACACACCAAAAACGCCAGCAUGUUCUACUUCUUCUUCGAAUCGAGAAGCCGGAAAAGCGACCCGGUGGUGAUAUGGCUGACCGGAGGGCCGGGAUGCAGCAGCGAGUUGGCUUUGUUCUAUGAGAAUGGACCUUUUCAAAUUGCAAGCAAUUUGUCUCUUGUGUGGAACAAUUAUGGUUGGGACAAGGUUUCGAACCUUAUCUAUGUUGAUCAACCGACCGGAACUGGUUUCAGCUAUAGUUCGGAUGAGGGUGACCUUCGCCACGACGAAAAUGGCGUCAGCAAUGAUCUCUACGAUUUUUUGCAGGCCUUCUUCAAGCAACACCCCGAGUACACCAAAAACGACUUCUUCAUCACAGGAGAAUCAUAUGCGGGGCAUUACAUUCCGGCAUUCGCUUCUCGGGUCCAUCAAGGAAACAAAAACAAGGACGGAACUUAUAUAAACCUCAAGGGAUUUGCCAUUGGAAAUGGACUCACAGACCCAUCAAUCCAAUACCCAGCGUACACCGACUACGCCUUGGAAAACAAACUGAUCAACCAGGUUGAGCAUGAAAGAAUAAACAAGGCUGUUCCGGGCUGUAAAGAAGCGAUUCAGCGUUGUGGAGCUGGCGGUGAAGAUGCUUGCAUGGACGCUUAUGAGAAAUGCACAACCAUCUUCGAAGAUAUACUGAGAAAUGUGAACAAUAUAAAUUACUAUGAUAUCCGGAAGAAGUGCGAAGGAAGCCUCUGCUAUGACUUCUCAAACAUGGAAACAUUCCUCGAAGAGAAAGAAGUUAGAACAGCUCUGGGUGUCGGCGACAUUGAUUUCGUAUCAUGUAGUUCUACUGUGUACAACGCGAUGAUCAAUGAUUGGAUGAGAAAUCUUGAAGUCGGCAUUCCUCCCCUCCUUGAAGAUGGAAUCAAUUUGCUGAUAUACGCAGGGGAAUACGAUCUUAUCUGUAACUGGCUCGGAAACUCAAGAUGGGUUCAUGCCAUGGAAUGGUCUGGGCAGAAAGCCUUUCAAACAGCUCCCAACGUUACAUUUACUGUGGAGGGAGAGGUGAAAGGGACACAAAAGAACAGUGGACCAUUGACUUUCCUUAAAGUCAAAGAUGCUGGCCAUAUGGUUCCAAUGGAUCAACCUAAGGCAGCAUUAGAAAUGCUUCAGAGGUGGAUGCAAGGCAAACUCACUUCAACAGAAAAAGGGCAUCUUGCUCCCAUGUAAAUUACCAUAACCAUUAAGGACCAUAGCAAUGUAGCAUACUAAAUAUACUUUCUCAUGUACCCCUCAUCCCCACCCAAGAAAAAAAAAGAUGCCAAAUGUUUCUGUUUCACACAGCUUCCAAGAAGAAACAAAAGUUCAAUUUAUUGGUGUUUUAUGUACAUGAAAUAAAAAUAUCAGGUUAUA